AGGUGAGGGUAACGCUUGCGAGAUGCCGGGCGCCGAGGCGAAGGGCUCCGAGUUGUCUGCGAAGAUCGAGAGCUUCGUGGAAACCCUGAAACGGGGCGGCGGGCACCGCAGUUCCGAGGACAUGGCUCGGGGGACCCUGGGGCUGCUCCGGCGCAUCAUCACGGACCACCGCUGGAGCACCGCGGGGGAGCUGAUGGAGCUGAUCCGCAGGGAGGGCCGGAGGAUGGCGGCCGCGCAGCCCUCGGAGACUACCGUGGGCAACAUGGUGCGCAGAGUGCUCAAGAUCAUCCGGGAGGAGUACGGCAGACUCCACGGACGCUGUGAUGAGAGCGAUCAGCAGGAGUCCCUGCACAAACUCUUGACAUCCGGAGGCCUGAGCGAGGAUUUCAGCCACCAUUAUGCCCAACUCCAGGCCAACAUCAUCGAGGCGAUUAAUGAGCUGCUGGUGGAGCUGGAAGGGACCACGGAGAACAUUGCGGCCCAGGCUCUGGAGCAUAUCCACUCCAACGAGGUGAUCAUGACCAUUGGCUACUCCCGCACAGUAGAGGCGUUCCUCAGGGAGGCUGCCAAGAAGCGGAAGUUCCACGUCAUUGUGGCUGAGUGUGCACCCUUCUGCCAGGGUCACGAGAUGGCCAUCAAUUUGUCCGAUGCGGAGAUCGAGACAACUGUCAUGACUGAUGCUGCUAUUUUUGCUGUCAUGUCAAGAGUCAACAAGGUGAUCAUUGGCACAAAGACCAUUCUGGCCAAUGGGGCCCUGAGAGCGGUGACGGGGACGCACACUCUAGCCCUGGCAGCCAAACACCACUCCACCCCGCUCAUCGUCUGUGCUCCUAUGUUCAAGCUUUCCCCACAGUUCCCCAAUGAAGAAGAUUCAUUUCACAAGUUUGUGACACCUGAAGAAGUCCUGCCUUUCACAGAAGGGGACAUCCUGGAGAAGGUCAGCGUGCACUGCCCCGUGUUCGACUACGUGCCCCCAGAACUGAUUACUCUCUUCAUCUCCAACAUUGGUGGGAAUGCCCCGUCCUACAUCUACCGCCUGAUGAGUGAGCUCUACCAUCCUGACGACCACGUCCUGUGACCGGUGUCUGUCCUCAGCAGAAGCUGCCGGCACUCGGGACAGACAGAGGGAGCCGGGGCUGCUGCUGAAACACACCCUCCUGCAGAGAAACUGGAUGCUUUUCCCGGCUCUGCAGCCAUCCUCUCACCAGGCCGCACACCCAGCCCCCUGUGCCUUUUGGCUCUUAAGCUGGUGGCUGGGCUUCCCCUACUGGCUGGGAAGCCUCCUAGUGAGCGUGUGUGUGCUUCAAGGAACUCUGACUUUCUGGUUCAGUGAUGUGUUGACAUAUGACACUGGCUACCUGGCUGGACAGAGAUUUCUGCUUAGAAAUGGCUCCCACCUCUUCCUUGGCACUGCCAAUAAAAACUACCAUCAGGUUCCCAAAUUGGUAACUUGC